GAUUCUUAAAACUUGCGACUGGUUACCAAUCCAUCCCCUACCAACUCCUCUAUACUGGCUAUAAAUUAAGUUGUUACGUUCAGAAUCUCUAGUUCGUUGCCAUCCUUAGACAAGUUCCUCAGACGUUCUAUUAAGCGUUCUUUUGCGUUAUUGUAUAUUAAGUUUUCUUCCAAAAUACAAAUGUGUAAUUACGGUUGUUUCAGCACAAUCAUCAAAGACUGGCUUAUUUACAUAUCAAAAAAAAAUCUAGCAGCAUAAGUGACAGCUAACUAAAUUUAUCUUUGUCGAUCUUUGCCAAAAGAGAGAAGGAGAAGAAGAAAACAUCCAAAAUCUGUACAACCUGUGAUCAUAACGUCUGUGAAAUAAAUAAAGUUAAGAUGGGCACUAAAAAUUGCGAUGUUCUGGGGCCCACGUUUUGGCAGGAAGUCACCCAAAAAUAUUAUCUGAGAUGCCUUUACUAGCACUUCGCGAGGAGAUGAAACAUUAUUCAUGGCGGGUUGAUCUAAUGGAGUCAAUACUGAAGACUCAUGUAACGAUAUUAGCAUUUCCGAACAUCACACAGGAAUCCGUCCGGAUUAAAGGAUUUUUAAAUAUGAGACAAGUGGAAAAAAUACGCAACGAACGUUGGUGCAACCGACAAGAAAUGAAAGAAAUGUGGGGCGAAGUCAAAGAUUACGACGAAAAAGAUGACUGGAACGGUAUAUACGAUCACUGGUGGGACGACAUCUUCUGCCUCCGGAGAUUGUUCGGAGAUGAACAAUAUCCUCCCGAGCCAGUCAAAGAGCCAUUAUGGGUCUAGAGUUCAGUGUACCGGCAGCACCUCCUCCUUCACCAUCGCUGCGGAGCCCUGCAGCUCCAGUCGUCCGGUCGUCGCCACCCCGCAGCCGCCACCACAUCUA